ACAACCUGUAAGUUGCACAUCCUGUAUGGCUGCAAACACUGGAAUAAGAAAGGGCUGAUGACUUUCAGAAGAUGAAGGUAUGUAGAAAUCAUUGAUGGGACUAUCUGAGAACCCAGACAGACUCUAGCUCCCUCCUGGGAGCUUCUGAGGACUCAGCUGGAACCAAUGGCCACAGUUGGCAACACCAUCAUGACAUCACAACCUGUUCCCAAUGAGACCAUGAUAGUGCUCCCAUCAAAUGUCAUCAACUUCUCCCAAGCAGAGAAACCCGAACCCACCAACCAGGGUCAGGAUAGCCUGAAGAAACGUCUACAGGCAGAAGUCAAAGUUAUUGGGACUGUCCAGAUCUUCUGUGGCAUGAUGGUGUUGAGCUUCGGAAUCAUGUUGGCAUCUGCUUCCUUCUCUCCAAAUUUUACCCAAGUGACUUCUACACUGUUGAACUCUGCUUACCCAUUCAUAGGACCCUUUUUUUUUAUCAUUUCUGGCUCUCUAUCAAUCGCCACAGAGAAAAGGUUAACCAAGCUUUUGGUGCAUAGCAGCCUGGCUGGAAGCAUUCUGAGUGCUCUGUUCGCCCUGGUGGGUUUCAUUCUCCUGUCUGUCAACCUGGCUGCAUUAAAUCCCGCCUCACUGCAGUGUGAGUUGGACAAAAGGAAUAUGCCAACCAGACUUCUUCUUUCUUAUGAUGAUUAUAAUUCGCCUUACACCACGGACUGCUACAAAGCCAAAGCCAGUCUGGCUGGAACUCUGUCUCUGAUGCUAAUUUGCACUCUGCUGGAAUUCUGCCUAGCUGUGCUCACUGCUGUGCUGCGGUGGAAACAGACCCUGUCUGACUUCCCUGGAGUGUGCUUUUCCUGCCUCACAGUUACUCCUGUCCCCAGAGAUGACUCAUGAUGCUGGAUAUGAAGAGCUACUGACUUCUUGG